AUGGCGAUUAGGUCAACGAAGCAAUCGAAGAAAGUGAAGGAAACAAAGCUUCGUCUAUACGGCGCCGUUCUGUUCAAGCUUCUGUAUCGGAUUCCGGCUGCGAUUUUCUUGCUAUUGGUUCUGUUUCUGUGGUCGUCUUCCACCACCGUUAUUUCUGGAAGAUUCGUUCAUGUCUGUGUUUCUUCCAGGAAGCUCACCAAUCUUUAUUGCCUUUCUGCUGGCUCACAGCCUAACUCUGAAAUUCCAAUGCAAGUCCUUAAUCACAGUCGUUCUGACACCGCCAUUCGGAAAUCGGAAACAACAGCAAAUGAACUCCAAAAUUCAAGCUCCAAUGGCUACAUAAAGGAAAUUAUUGAAGUUCCAGAACCUUCCCAGUCUACAUCUUCUACCACCAGCAGCAACGGCACCGUUUCUGCAGAAUCCUCGAAGGAGAUUAAUCAACACCAUUCCACCGGUAAGAAUUCCACCGGCAGUCAGCCAAUUACGGCUGAAGACGACGAGAUUGACAUUGCAAUGAAGGCCAUUGAAGAGCAGCUACGGCGGCACCGGUCAUGGAAGUGGGUGUCGCCGGAGAAUGUUGGGGCAGAGGAAUGCGGCGGAAGAGGGAUUUAUGUGUACGAACUUCCGGCGAAGUUUAACAAAGAAUUGGUGGAGCAGUGCCACGACAUGGUUCCGUGGAUUGAUUUUUGUAAGUAUUUUAGUAAUGAUGCAAUGGGAGAGCCGAUUCCAGAGCUUGGGAAAGGGUGGUUCAAUACUCAUCAGUACGCGCUCGAGCCCAUAUUUCAUUCCAGAGUACUGAAGCACCCCUGCAGAGUCCAGAACCCAGAUGAAGCCAAGCUUUUCUACGUGCCCUACUAUGGAGGUCUAGACAUUCUCCGAUGGCACUUCAAAAACAACGUAUCCUACGCCCUCAAGGACUCAUUAGGCCUAGAACUCGUCCAGUGGCUCUCGACCCAGAAACCAUGGACUCGAAGCUCAGGAAAGGAUCACGUCUUCGUUUUGGGCAAAAUCUCAUGGGAUUUUCGAAGAAACACCAACAACAACAACAACAACAACAACGCCAACAACUCAAAUUCAUCAUGGGGCACCAAAUUUCUAGAACUCGACCAAUUACAAAACCCCAUCAAACUCCUAAUCGAACGACAACCCUGGCACGAAAACGACGUCGGAAUACCCCACCCCACAUUCUUCCACCCUCAUUCAGACGACGACGUUUUCGCCUGGCAAUGGAAAGCCCUCCGAUCCGAGAGAAAGAAUCUCGUGGGAUUCGCAGGCGCCGCCCGACCCGACUCGCCGGAAAACAUACGCUCAUUACUAAUAAACCACUGCGCCGCAGCAGAUAACGGCCGACUCUGCCGGCACGUGGACUGCACGUCAGGGAGCUGCGACAGAGCAGAAACAGUGAUUACUCUGUUUCUGGAAUCGGAAUUCUGCCUGCAGCCACCGGGAGACAGUCCGACGAGGAAAUCGGUUUUUGAUUCGUUAAUUUCGGGGUGUAUUCCGGUUUUCUUCGACCGAUUUACGGCGUAUUAUCAAUACCCAUGGCAUUUACCGGAGGAUUACGGGAAAUAUUCGGUGAUGAUCGAUAAGGAAGAGCUGAAAAAAAGCGGCGGAAACGUGGUGGAGAAAUUGAGGGGAAUUUCGGAGGAGAAAAGAGAGGAAAUGAGAAGCUAUAUCAUUUAUGAGCUCUUGCCUGGCUUGGUCUAUGGAGAUUCCAAUAAUGUGAUGGACAAAUUCCAAGAUGCUUAUGACAUAGCCAUUAAUAAUUUGCUUCAAAGAGUCUCCACGUUGUGA